AGGUGCCCGCCGAGCACAAAACAAACCACGGCUCAGCUUCGUUACUUCUUACUUUUCACCUUCUUCAGAUUUAGCUAUGCCCCCAAAACUGAAAUUCGCUGAUGGUGAAAGAGUACUGUGUUUUCAUGGACCUCUGUUGUAUGAAGCCAAGGCUGUCCGUGCCGAGGUUAAGGAUAAGAGUGUGCGGUAUUUUAUUCACUACAAUGGAUGGAACAAAAAUUGGGAUGAAUGGGUGCCAGAAAGCCGUGUGUUAAAGUUCAAUGAUACAGGACUACAGAAACAGAAGGAGUUGGAAAGAGCUCAUCAGAAAGCUGCUUCUUCCAGGAAAGAGGCAGCCAGCAAGGAAGCUAAAGGAGCUGGAUCAAGAAAAGACUCAGCCAACAAAGAAACAAAAGGAGCAAAGAAAGUUGGACGUAAGAGACAAGAAAAAGACAAAGAGAGAACUCCGACCCCAUCGCUAGAGAAAGCGGAAAAGAAGCAGAAAGGAGCGGGGACUGCAGCUGCCAGCACACCUGCCCCAGAGACCACUACCAAAGAGACACCCUCACGGACUGCCACCCCCACCCCUACCUCCACACCUAACACCACAGAACAGAAGCGAAAGAGGGCGCGCUUAGACCCCACAGUGGAAUCGGAGGAAUCAUUUUUAGCCAAAAUUGAGGUGAAGGUGAAAAUUCCAGAUGAGUUGAAGCCGUGGUUAGUGGAUGACUGGGAUCUCAUCACUCGCCAGAAACAGCUUGUCUCAUUGCCUUGUAAAAACAGCGUGGAUGGAAUCUUGGAGGAGUAUGUGAAACAGAAAACAUCCAAGGGAAAUAACCCAAACAAAGAUGCUAUAAUAGAGGUGACUCAGGGUAUCAGAGAGUACUUCAAUGUUAUGCUGGGAACACAACUGCUUUACAAGUUUGAACGGCCUCAGUAUGCAGAAAUCCUGGUGGACCAUCCAAACAAGCCUAUGUCUAGUAUUUAUGGUGCAACUCAUCUGCUAAGGCUCUUUGUCAAACUGGGGGGAAUGUUGGCCUACACAUCACUGGAUGACAAGAGCAUACAGCUGUUACUGACACAUAUCAAUGACUUCCUGAGGUAUAUGCAGAAAAACUCUACAAAUUUGUUCAGUUUGAGUGACUAUAUUGUGGCAUCGCCUGAUUAUCAUCGGAAAGCCAUUUGAGACUUGGACUGAGUGCCAAUGGGAGGUGAUGGCCACUGAGAAUGAUGGACAUGGUCAUUCGUAAUGAUGGACACAUAGGAAGAUGGCCAUUGGAACUGCUGGCCUCAGCUAAUGGUAUUUGGGAACCAGGGCCGUUUACAGAUAUAAGCAGUACCGCUGCAUCAUUUGAACACCUGGACAAACCAAAUGAAUAUGGAUUAAUAUUGCACAAUGUUACCAACGUUCAAUUGAAAAGUCUGAUACCUUUCUCAUAUGGAAAGGUAGAAAGUGUGAUUUUAAUUCUGGGCCACAGGCUCUUAAAUGAUCCAAUGUGGCACAUCAAAAUGAAGAGAUCGUUGUGUUGUGCAAGAGAUUUGCAUGUUUCAGAGCCAUUUUGGUAGAAUUGUUCCUAUCUGUAACAUUGACUGCUGAUGUCACGGCCAAGAAUUGUUGUCAAGUUCAUGGAGGCCCAGAUGUUAUUGUAUUGUCAGCCAUAGUCAAGCAGAAAGUUUGAUGCCAGCAUUACAAUAUGACGUCAUGUAUCAAAGAUAAACAUUUUAUUGUCAGGGGAGUGUACUCCUACCAGAUCCGAUGAUGAUUGUUGUUAUAAAUGGUUCAAACAUUUUCUACAUCACUUUCAUGGCUUGUAUUAUAAUCAUUUUGUCAUUAAAUGCUUUUAUCAUCAAAAUAACAUAA